AUCUCAACGCUACUACAGACACAAACUCCAAAGGAUGACGGAGGAAGUCUAAGAUUCUCUGACAGAGAGGUUGACCUGCAAGGCAACAGAUACGCGCUAGAGAUCAACAUGACUUCCCCAGGUCAGCAGCAUACGACAAUUGUCAAUCCUCCCCCUCCAAAAUACAUCAAUGCCCAAGGAACUGGCCGCUUGACAAAUCAGCUUCAGUAUUUGCAGAGGGUGCUCAUGAGAGCAAUGUGGAGACAUAACUUCUCCUGGCCGUUUCACCAGCCGGUAGACGCUGCAGGCCUAAACCUCCCGGAUUAUUAUAGCAUUAUUAAAAAUCCAAUGGACUUGACUACAAUUCAGAAACGUCUGGAACACACAUGCUACAGUUGUGCUGCAGAAUGCAUUGAAGAUUUUAAAACUAUGUUUGCAAAUUGCUAUUUGUAUAACAAGCCCGGCGAUGACAUUGUUUUCAUGGCCCAAGCGUUAGAGAAAGUCUUUCUGCAGAAAGUUGCGCAGAUGCCCCCCGAUGAGAAAAUAGUGGUGGUCAAUAAAGGGAGAAGGAAAGGGAAAAGAACGGAUGGGCCCGAUGAAGGAAUCCUGCAACUUAACCAAAGCCAACAGCCAAAACAGGCUAAGAAAGUGAAACCAGCACAGAUGAUGACCCCGGCGCCGCAGCAAAAUGCCCCAGAACUGUCACCGGUGACUCCACCAUCAAAUGUAAUGCCAGCUACUGAAAUGGCAACGAAAGGGGUAGGUUCUAAAAAGGGUGUGAAAAGGAAAGCGGAUACUACUACUGCCAUCAUCACAGGGAGCAGUGAAUCCUCUCCAUCACCCAAUGAACCCAAAAUCGUCAAGAUCUCCUCUCGGGAAGAACGUGAAGGGUACCUCUCAAAAAGAGACUUGCCAGACUCCCAGCAGCCACUCGGACCCAUAAAAAAUGUCAAGCUAACAGAACCUCUAGAAUACUGUAACGAGAUCGUUAGAGAAAUGUUCUCAAAGCAUCAUGCAGUGUAUGCUUGGCCCUUUUAUAAGCCAGUAGACGUUACAGCCUUGGGACUUGAAGACUAUCAUGAUGUUAUUAAGCACCCUAUGGAUCUUGAAACUAUUAAAAAAAAGAUGGAGAAUUGUGAGUACAAAGAUACCCAAGAGUUUGCUGCAGACGUUAGGCUAAUGUUUAUGAACUGCUACAGAUACAACUCUCCGGACCAUGAGGUAGUAGCGAUGGCAAGAAAACUCCAGGAUGUCUUCGAGAUGCUGUUUGCCAGAAUUCCAGACGAACCGGCUCCCUGCAGUCCUCUGCUCUACCCCGCUGCAAGAAGCACAGCGGCUCUUUCUAGUGGAAGCAGCAGCGAUGAUGCCUCUUCCGAGGAUUCGGAGGAUGAAAGAGCAAGACGCCUUGCAGCGCUCCAGGAUCAACUUAAGGCUGUUCACCAGCAGUUGCAAGCUUUGGCUAAAACAACUUUACCCAGACUGAAGAAGAGGAAGAAAGGAAAAUCUAAGGAGGAGAAAAGAAAAAACAAAGUCAGGAAGAAGUCAGGAAGCCAAAAGAAGAGAAAGAUGAAGAAGCUGAAGAAAAAUGUCUUUGAACAUGUAAGAUUGCUUGUGGGCGUGAAAUUGUACUUGAAGUUGUUGGCACUGUAGUUAACUCGUUUUUUUUAUUUUCUCUCUUGCAGUCAUUCAAAGAAAAUCAAGCAGCGAGAGGAGCCAGGACACAAGUCUGAGAACGAGGAUAAUGCCAAGCCUAUGAGUUAUGAUGAAAAAAGGCAGUUAAGUUUGGACAUAAAUAAACUCCCAGGAGAGAAGCUUGGCAGAGUGGUUUAUAUUAUUCAGUCGAGAGAACCUUCACUGAGACACUCAAAUCCCGAUGAAAUGGAAAUAGACUUUGAAACUCUAAAAGCAUCAACUUUAAGGGAACUGGAGAAAUACGUUAUGGCUUGUUUGAGAAAAAGACCCAAGAAACAUUAUGCAAAAAAAUCAAAGGAAGAAUUUAACUUUGAGAAGAGGCAAGAACUGGAAAGGAGGUUGCUGGAUGUCAAUGGGCAGCUCAACUCCACAAAGCAAAACGCAAAACGUAGAUCUUCUCCCUGUGUUACAGCAGAAAAUAAUGGUGUGUCAAAGACCAUUGGAGGGCCAAGCCGGCUAAGUGAAAGCAGCAGCAGCAGCAGCAGCACCACCUCUUCUGACUCCGAUAGCACCAGCAAUGAUUCCAGCUCCUCCGACGGAAGUGAUUCUGAAUCAGAAAUGUGCCUGAAGCAAAAUGAAAAUGGGCAAAAGGAUUCAUUUUGCAGAGAGCAGCUUAAGGUACCUCUGCUUUAUCCAAGGAUGUCCUGCGCUAUUGUCCCCCAAAUACGAAACACUUCGCCCCCUAGCAUGCAGUUUCAGACAUCCACGGAAAUGAGGAUCGCUCACCAGACCCUGCAGCAUACCCCUCUGAAGCCACGAGAACAAAGCAUCGUCUCUCCUCCAGGUAUGAUAGCUGUUGUUUCUCCACUGCACUGUACUCCAGUUCAGCAAGACACUCAAAGUAGCUUAUUGCCAAUGGCAGUCAACCCAUCCAUUAUCCAGUCUCCCCACAUGCACUCAAAGGUAUCUUGUUCUUCCUCUUCGAAUAGCCUGCCGGGCAGUAGCAAAGAAAACGUGAAAACCUCACUGCAUCAGGCGCAGCCAUCUGCUCUCCAUACGCAAACCUCUUUGGGAACUGCCGACUCGAAACCGAUUAAUCAGGAACAAAAAUUGAAGACGGGUUUUCCAGAUGGCCCAUGUGGGCAACGUAUGACUGAUUCUACACAUGCCGCUGCUCCAGCCAGCUGCUCCGAUAACAGCGAGGGCAAAAAAAGGAGAGAUGCUAAACCUCAGAUUCCUCUAGCAAAGGACAUCAAAGUCAAGCAUGCGGAUUCCUGGACAAGUUUAGGUAAAAUGAUGCCUGCGCCGCUCCCAAUCAAAUCCUCCAAUGAAAGCUUCAGGCAGUUCCAAAAAGCAGCGCUAGAAAAAGAAGAAAGUGAGUGGGCCAAGGACCGCAGAAGGCAAUUGGAGCAAGCUGAGAGGAAACCGAGAAGCCUCCCUCAGGAAACAGAGAGAAACAAUGGGAAAACAGAUUUGAAACCUACUGCAGCAAAAGCGAGCUGUUCCCCUUCAAAAGCGGCGCCCACAAAAGAGCAGCUAUGCUCCACACAAAGUCUUCUUGUAGACCGUAACUUGGCAAGAAAGAUGGAACAAGAGCGUAGGUGGAGAGAAGCGAUGGUGGGCACCAUUGAUAUGAAUUUUCAGAGUGACGUUAUGGCAACAUUUGAAGAAACCCUGAAAUGAGAGGAAGGAAGGUGGCGUAACUUUGGUUACAGUUCUUUAGAAGUAAUGUUGGAUUGCAGAGAAAUACUCCAUUCACUGCCGGAAUACAUUUUUUUGGUGAUAAUUUGUUAAUCAUUUUUGAAGAGCCAGUAUAUUACUGUAAUAAGUUCAGUUUUUAUAAAACUUGCUACCAUUAAAAUUGUAAAGCUUGAAAACUU